CCAAUCCCCUGCCUUCUGUCCCAUCAGGGAUCCGAGGAACAUCUGUGAAACUCCCGAGACAGCCGAAGCUUUCUGAAGCUUUUUUUAUUGGCAGAGCCACAGACGACGUCCCAAAUGCUGUGAUUUGAUUGGCUCCCAGCGUUCAGCCAGAGAAUCAUUAAAGGAACGAACCUCGAUGGCGGCGUCAGAACUGAUCCACGACAACGCCGACGUGCGACCCCACGUGGAGGUCAACGUCACGGCAACCAACCCCCCGACGCCUCCACGUUCUCAGAGGGUCGCCAACGCUCUAGCGAACGGUAACGCGACCCGCCACUCUUCCUCGCCGCCAUUGGACGGCGGCGGCGGCAGAAAGGCGGCGGCGGCGGCGUCCGAGUCGGCGGCAGCGGGGGCGGGGGGGGGCAGCCGGCUGUGCAGCCAGUGGAAGCAGAACCAGCUGAUCCAGUCCCUGAGCAGCGGGCUGCGGCGCCACUGCGACUACGUGAAGAUCUCGGUGGCGCCGGAGGAGCCGGCCGACCGCCUCCCGAGCGAGUGGUGGAAGACGGGCGUGGCCUUCCUCUACGCGCUCUUCAUCCUCGUCUUCACCACCGUCGUCAUCACCGUCGUGCACGAGCGGGUGCCCGACAAGUCGGUGAGCCCGCCGCUGCCCGACAAGUUCUUCGACUACCUGGACCGCGUCCCCUGGGCCUUCACCGUCACCGAGGUCAACGGGCUGAUCCUCGUCGGACUCUGGCUCGUCCAGUGGCUCUUCCUCAACCACAAAGCUAUAAUAGCGCGCCGCUGUUUCUUCCUCAUCGGGACUCUGUACAUGUACCGCUGCGUCACCAUGUACAUCACCACGCUGCCGGUGCCCGGGAAACACAUGGUGUGCGCUCCGAAGGUACACACCCUGGAAGCUGCUAUCAAGAAGCUGGACCCGGAGGACGGCGAGCAGAUCUUUGAGUAUUUAAAGACUCACGCCCUGCUGACGAGGGAGAAAGCCCGUAAGAGCCAAUCAGAGGACAGCGUUACUCAUUAA